AUGUUUCUGGUCUCCGCGCCGACAGUCUCCGCCGGGUUACUCUCCUCGCAAUGGUUUAAAUUAAAAGUAAUACUACACGAAAAGUUACUGGCUGAAAAGAAGGAAAAAGAAUCUAAGGACAUAUUGAGAUUCAUCUGCUACGUAGACGCUCGGCCGUUCAAAUUCACUGCCUGCAAAGUGCUGACGAUCGACUGGUCAUUACCCGUGGCUAUACUUAACAUUUGCGUUACUUAUUUAAUAGUUAUUAUACAGUUUACACAUAUAUAUCAGUAA